AUGGACAAAUUGAUGCAGAAUAACAUCAAUGAUGGAAACACUACAACAAAUGCUGCACCCCCUAAUGUAGCCACUAUACCAGCAGCAACCAACUUGGUUAGUCCAACAGCUAGUUCAGAACUAGCACCUCCGGUUGUCACAAGACCACCAGCACCAACACCAAAAAAGAGAUGCAGAUCAUCUUUUGUAAGGGGCAACCCAGUUCCACCAAGAGGAAGAGGUAGCACCACUCGAAGAGGACUGGCAGCCACUACAACACCUCCAACUCCAACACAAAAUGCAGCAGCUACACCACCACCCCCUGCUCAACCUAGGGUUGUCAGGCCUGAUGUUGGGUCUAGAUCCCAAAUUCCUGCAUCUCCAUCCAAUGUUGCAGUCCCAUGUAGUGGGACUGGGUCAAUGCCACAAGGUCCAUUAGUUAGGCCCACUCUUCAGGUCCAACCUACAGCUCCAUUUAGGCCACCAAUUGUGACUAGGGAGACCAUGGCAGUAGCAAGCCCAGCCAUACAGAGCAGGUUUACAGGCUUCAUGUCUACCCCAUCCUUAAAGAAGAAAAAGCCAUCCGGACCAUCACCAUCAAAACCAUCAACAAAAGACAAGAACUGA